UUAAUAUAUGAUUAUACAUAGUCUACUCAAAGAUUGGGAAUGCUUUAGAUCAAAUAAAAUGAUUCACCAACGUGCGGAAAUGGACAGAAUGAUCGAAUUGAAUCAUUUUGAGUCGCUCGCUUCAAUAGAAUACAUAAUUUAAAGAGUCAACAACAACAACAAGUCAACCAGUCAACAAUCCACAGUAAUCCACACAAGUUUCUGACAGGCCAAGGCAUACGUUUUACUAAUAAAACCUAUUACAUACUAACUUUCGAACCAGAUGUAAUGUCGUCCAAAUCUUUGAGAGUAAUUCCUAGCACAGUGGGCUAUGGAAAAUAUACUAGGACCUUUGACUUCACGGAGUUUUACAAAAGCACAUCAGAACUUCCCAAAAGAUGGGAAAAUAAUACUGCAGGUAGUUCUGCAGAUACACAGUUAAAUAAUGUGGAUAUUAGUGAAGAAACUAAACUUAAAAAAAAGAAGAAGAAAUCGAAAAGAGAUUCUUCAAAUGUCUCUGAAGCAAUAGUAAAAAGCUCUAGCAUAAAUUCUAAUGUGAAAUUGAAAGGGAUCUUAAAAGUAUCUCCAGCUCCUGAAGAUUGUACAAAAGACACAGCCAGCACAAAUCAAAGCAAUCGCAAUUCUGACAAUGAUAUAAAAGAUGGUACAAAAGAGGCAGUAACAAAGCCAAAUAAAAGAAGUAAGUCUUGUAGCUUCAUGCUUGAAGAUACUCAGGAAAUAGCUGUUAAAAAACCUAAAUCAGAAGGAUCAUUUGUUGAAAAUAGAAAAAUGAAAGACAGCCGAAAAGAACAUCAGAAAUCAAUUGAUGGUCAGAAUGGUAAUCAAUAUAAAACUAAAAUAUAUAGGAGCCAGAAACAUUCCUCUAAUAAUCGAUCACAAGAUUCUGAAGAUACAAAAGCUCUUGAAAAAUUAACAAAACGUAAGAAACUAAAAAGACUAAGUCAAGAUACUGAACAAACAGCAGAAGAAAAUACAGAACAAGCAACACGGAAGAAACCAAAAAACUCAAAAAAGAAGCGGCAUCAAGAGAUGGAACUUGAUGAAAAUGAAACUAAAGCAGAAGUAAAAACUGAUAUCUUAACAGAAAAUUUAGAAAAUCUUAACAUUGGUGAUAAUGCUCACACACUAACAAACCUACUUGACGAAAUGGCAGUAGUGGAUAAAUCAAAAAUAGAAAAGAAACAAAAAAGAAAAGAUAAAAAGAAAAUUGGCACAGAAAGAGAUAAAGACUUAGAAAAAGAAGAGAAUGAGAAAGUUAAAUGGAGUAAAAGGAAAUGGAAUAAAGAUAAAAAAGGAGGUAUUGAGAAUGAGAAUUUAGACACAACUGUUGUCAUAGAAAAUUUACCUAUUUCUAUAAUGUUAACAUACAAGAAGUUGUUGACAGAUCAUUUUGUGAAAUAUGGACUCAUAAAGAAUAUUGGAAUAGCCGAAGUAUAUCCUACUGAGGAAUCAAAACCAGUGUUUACAACUACUAUUAAGUUUUAUAGUGAUGGAGCUGCCACAGAGGCAUUAAAUGAGGACAAUGCUACGUUCGAAGGCAGCAGUAUACGGGUGAAGCGACCCUUACCUGCCACUGAAACCACCAUAGUACUCCGGUCAUAUUCAGAAUUAAAUGAACAAACUGUGUGUUCUCUCUUCACUGGAAUCGGCAAGAUAAGGAGUAUAAGGUUAAUUAUUAAAGGAAGGAAAUCUUUAUCGACUGCAUUCAUCGAGUUCGCCGGUACAGAGUCGGUGGAGAAGGCUCUGCAGAAGGCUGCUCACAUUAAAAUAGGAAAGAAGAAAGUCCACGUCGCGAGAUAUCAACCGCGUGAGAAGAAACUUAAAUCUGAUGAAGGGCAAAAGGAAAGCGACUCCGAGUGAAGUGACAUCCUUGGGGAAACAUUAUUAUGAACUGCCCACAGCAUACUUUUGUAACUAAAUAUUUCUAAUAAUAAACUUAAGUAAACAUUGAUCACCUCUCACCAUCAAAUAAUUAAGGGGCAGAAUCAAAUUUUCGAACGCAAGCAUUGCACUAUUAUUAUAGCUUAAACAGGGCACGGAGCCUACAGUCUGUUUAAGUGGUUACCUGCGCUUAUAUACAUCAAUAUGUGAACCAUGUUGAAUAAUAUGGUCGAAAUUUCAAGUGUAAUGUGUAGUGAAAAGGUAUUGUUUAAUCGUAACAGAUCCAGAAAACGUAAUAUCAUUUUGUUAUUGACGUUUGACUCUCAAUGUAUAGCGUACUCAACUCAUUGUAGCUCUCUUGACUGAGUUUGUGGUGACCUGUGUGCUUAGUGCAAGUUUUUUAACGGUCUCGUUAGCGUAAAAGAGUCGACUAUUAUCAAAGCCGGCAAUGUGACUUUUUGACAAUUG